AUGUAUAGAGUCUUUUUAGGAGCUCCUUCGUUGUCUGAGAUCAAUAACGACCCCAGCACCUACUCAUGGCGAACCGUUUCUUCGAACAGCUCAGGGAUCGCAUUGAAACUCACUAAAUCUACGAAAUCUUUCUUAUAUCCUACCCAAGGGACGUCUGAAAGUCGUUUGAUCCAGUCCUCUAUUGUUAUUCCUCUUGCUACCUUGGAAGAGGCAAGUCGACGGAUAUCGUUAAUUUACAAAGAUUUAGUAUUCAGUGAGGGUCCAGAGGAUCCUGUGGAGGAAAGCUUUGCGACCGACAACAUUGAUGGGACACAGGGAGAAUAUUCUGGUGUGCCUGCCGAACAUACUGCUGAAGUGUCCGUCUUUCGAGGCAAAGAACAGACUACCCUAAUUUCGUGGCCACCGAGUCGACCCGUAGAUGACGAGCUUGAUGAAUCGAAAGAUAGCUUCAAUGCCCCUUCUUUCCUAUUAGACACAUCAUCCUCAUUAGGCUCCAACUCGUCCCUCCUUCGCCGCGGCUCAGAACCUCCUCAAACUUCACCUCCUGAAACGCAAGCUUCGGCUGAAUCUCAGUCGCGGUUUCUGGAGACGCAAGACCCAGAGUCCCAAUCUUUUGGUAACUACUCUGACGCCUCAUCGAUUGCCCGUUUUCCUUCCUUUCAUUUUAAUCUACACACUCUCACGUCUCUUUCCUCCCUCGUUGAAAGAAAGUUCAAAGGGUCGGUCAAAAUCAGUUGUCUACUCGCCGUGUUGGAGGUCGAAGGUCCCGAUACAAUUCGUAUCAAAAACGGAGCUGAGGCCGGGAAGGAGGUGUCCAUUCUCAAAAUAGUAUUGGGUGACGAGGAGGGAACAGUCUGCAAACUCACUGCGUGGAGAGAAAUUGCUGAGGAUUGGGGCGGUGCGGGCAAAGCGGUUGCAACGAAACGGGGGGAUAUCGUGCACCUAGAGAAUGUUAUGGCCUCCUGUGAUCCUGCAGCGUCAAUCACCUUAUCCGCGUCGCCCUACCUGAAAUCGAUCCUAACCAUUUGCUAUCGCACUAUGCCUUAUUCCCACGAAGAUGGGAGGAUGCGGCCUGAUCUACGUUUGGGGAUCAGCGAGCCCUGUGUGCGCAAGGUCGCAGCCGUCGUAUCGUGGUUUGAAGACUUGGCUGGCCUAGAGCAGAUUUAG